AUGGGGGAAUGGACCAUCUUAGAGCGCCUCCUAGAGGCUGCUGUACAGCAGCACUCCACUAUGAUUGGCAGAAUUCUGCUGACGGUGGUGGUGAUUUUCCGAAUUCUGAUCGUGGCGAUCGUCGGCGAAACGGUUUACGAGGACGAGCAGACCAUGUUCUUGUGUAACACCAUGCAGCCGGGCUGUAACCAGGCCUGCUACGACAAGGCCUUCCCCAUCUCUCACAUCCGUUACUGGGUCUUUCAGAUCAUCCUGGUGUGCACGCCCAGCCUCUGUUUCAUCACCUACUCCGUCCACCAGUCGGCCAAACAACGGGACAGACGCUACUCCUUCCUGUACCCGAUGAUCGAACGCGACUACAGCCGGGACGGAGCGCGGAAGCUCCGGAACAUCAACGGAAUCUUGGUGCAGCAUUCAGACGGAGGCGGCGGAGGAAAGGAGGAACCCGACUGCCUGGAGGUGAAGGAGAUUCCCAACGCUCCUCGAGGCCUGACCCACGGGAAGAGCUCCAAGGUGCGUCGUCAGGAGGGGAUCUCCCGUUUCUACAUCAUCCAGGUGGUGUUCAGGAACGCGCUGGAGAUCGGGUUCCUGGCCGGGCAGUAUUUCUUGUACGGUUUCAACGUGCCGGGGAUUUUCGAGUGCGACCGCUACCCGUGCCUGAAGGAGGUGGAGUGCUACGUAUCCAGGCCCACGGAGAAAACAGUCUUCCUGGUGUUCAUGUUCGCGGUGAGCGGGAUCUGCGUGGUACUCAACCUGGCCGAACUCAACCAUUUGGGGUGGAGGAAGAUCAAAGCGGCCAUCCGAGGGGUGCAGGCCAGAAGAAAGUCCAUCUGCGAGAUCCGUAAGAAAGAUAUGGCCCACCUGUCGCAGCCUCCUAACCUGGGUAGAACCCAGUCCAGCGAAUCUGCUUACGUCUGA